AUGGUUUUCGGCUCAAUCAACCCCGGCUGGGGAAAUACCAACAUGACUACCCUCUGUGGCUGCUACGUCUUCAUCGACAACAACCUCAAAUACCUCCCCCAAGUCCAGGUCGACGCCCACACCACAAUCCUUGCCACAACAUCUCGCACCAACCUCACUCAAACUUUUGUUAAUCCCACCUCCAACACCAUCCAAGAACUUCGCUAUGUAUUCCCUCUUUAUGACGGCGUCUCUGUCGUCGCCUUUACCUGCACUGUUGGGUCCAAGGUCAUCAAGGGAGAAGUCAAGGAACGCCAAAAAGCACAGCAGGACUACAACAAAGCCAAAGCAAAGGGCCAAGUCGCUGGUCUUUUCAAACAGUCCCUCGAAGCCGCUGACACUUUCACCACAACAAUUGGCAACGUUCCAGCCGGUGAAAGCGUCCUUGUCGACAUCACCUAUCUUGGCGAACUCAAACAUGAUGCCCAAGUCGACGGUGUUCGCUUUACCAUUCCGACCAACAUUGUGCCCCGAUACGGAUCUGCUGAGUCGCUGGCUGGACCCAACGUGACUCAACAAGGCUUUUCCUUUACUAUUGAUGUCGAAAUGCCCAACGGCUCCUCCAUCAAAUCCAUCCAGUCUCCUUCGCACCCCCUGUCUGUUGAGAUCGGCACCACUUCUACUACAAAAUCCCAGGAGCCUACGCUUCGUAAAGCCUCUGCAACACUGCAACAGGGAACCACCCAUUUAGAGCAGGACUUUGUGGUACAAGUGGUCGCUACAAACCUUGGUGAACCAUCAGCCAUCCUUGAAACUCAUCCUGGUCUGCCUAACCAGCGUGCAAUUAUGACAACAUUGGUGCCCAAGUUUAAGCUUCCUGCCGACAAGCCUGAGAUUGUCUUCAUCUGUGAUCGUAGUGGAAGUAUGGGCAAUCAAAUGUCCAAUCUCAAAACCGCCCUCGAGGUCUUCCUCAAAUCGAUUCCUGUCGGUGUCAAGUUCAAUAUCUGUAGCUUUGGGUCCGACUUUAGCUUCCUUUGGGACCGUUCUCAAACCUACAGUCAAGAAACUCUUGACAAAGCGAUCCAGCAUGUUAAAACCUUCUAUGCCAAUUACGGCGGCACUGAGAUGUACAGGCCUGUCGAGGCUACCUUCAAGAAGCGCUAUAGGGACAUGAAUCUCGAAGUCUUCCUUCUCACGGAUGGUGAAAUCUGGGAACAGGAUGCACUUUUCAAGCUCAUCAACGACGAGGUCGCUCAAAGCAAGGGUACAGCGAGGGUAUUUUCCCUUGGCAUUGGAUCUGGCGCCAGCACCUCUUUGAUUGAGGGCAUUGCUCGCGCAGGUAACGGCUUUUCUCAAACUGUUGCCGAUCAUGAAAAGAUGGACAAGAAGGUGGUCCGUAUGCUUAGAGGAGCUUUAUUUCCUCAUAUUACCGACUAUUCUCUUACCAUCAGGUAUGAGAAAGUUGAAAAUGACGGUUUUGAGUUGAUCGAAAAGGUCAUGGACGGCCUCAAAAUUAACACUGCCGAGGUUGCUGGCCAAAGUUCUGGAGGAAGACAAGCACCGAAGAAGCCAGUGUCACUUUUUGAUUCAUCUAUCGACAACGAUGACAGCAGUGGCAUGAUUGAAGCGCCCGCUGUCGACAACAAAUUUGACCACCUUCCCACUGUACCAGUGCCACGUUAUCUCCAGACUCCUAGUCAGAUUCCUCCCCUCUUCCCCUUCAGCCGCACUACUGUCUAUAUUAUCCUCUCUGAUGAGGCCCCUGAGAAGCGACCGAAGUCAGUUGUUCUCAAGGGCACUUCUCGCAACGGGCCACUCGAACUUGAAAUCCCCAUCACUGAAUUUUCCGAGAGAGAUUCAACAAUUCACUGUCUUGCAGCUCGCAAGGAAAUCAAGGAACUUGAAGAAGGCAGAGGUUGGCUAACCCACGCCAAAGACUACUACGGCAAGCCUCUCAAAGAAAGAUACGACGGUUAUUUCUCAGACAUGGUUGAGCGAGAAGCAGUGCGCCUUGGCGUCAGAUUCCAGGUUAGCGGCAAGUGGUGCUCAUUCGUUGCUGUUGAACAAGAUGGACAGGAGGCGAAUGUUGAACAAGUUCAUACAUUCGACUUUGAAGAAGGACAAGACGAGUCCCUCAGGCCAGCAGCCUUUGGUGCUGGUGUUACCGCCGUGAAGAGGGGGCGUACAAUGAUGCACGCUCAGGCUGCAUCUGUCUUUCAAAUGAAUGCUCGCCCCCCUACAUCGAACUCCUUGUUUGGAGGCAUGCCAAAUACUGGUAACACUGGAGGUGGUCUUUUCGGUUCGGCCUCAGGAGGGCAACCCAGUUCUGGUGGUGGACUUUUUGGAUCAGCAUCAGGAGUUUCGUCCAAAGCCGGUAUGAAUCCCUUCGGCUCAGCCUCAGUAGGACAGCCCAGCACUAGUGGUGGACUUUUUGGAGCCGCUCCUGGAGGGUCGUCGGGUUCUGUUAAUUCUCCUUUUGGUGGUGCUACCCAGGGCCUUUUCGUCAACAGUCAGCCUCCAGUCGUGCAGGCCGCAGCACUUGCACCUCCAGCAGCACCAGUCGACGAAAACCUGUUAAUUCAGUACCAAAGAGAGAUGGACGCGGCUGCUGCCAUGCCAUUGGCGGACGAGUCAGAUGAAGACAUGGGCUUUGGGCUUUUUGAUGAUGGACCUGCUGCUCCUCCUUCCGCCGCUCCCUCUUCCUCUACGUCAGUCAAGGAUAAAGAUCCGUUGCAAGCUCUUACAAGUUUGCAGACAUUCUCGGGUAGCUGGUCGUGGAGUGCAGACCUUGAACGCGUGCUUGGCGUGAGCUUUGAACAGGUCACUAAGCUUGGUCUUCCAUCUACUUACAAGGAUGACAUUCUAGCAACAGCUUGUGCGAUCUUGUUCUUCAAGCUCAAGCUGAAGGAAGAGGAGGAUGUCUGGGAGAUGCUGGUAGAGAAGGCCGAAGGGUGGUUGGAGGACAACAUUGGAGAAGAUGGUGUCAAGGAACUCCAGGUUGCUCUUGAAAAGCUGUUCUAG